GGGGCGGGGCAUGAUGUCCCAUGACGGGAGCCAGAAGGCCCCCCACCCCGAUCCGCCGCCCCCCGCCGCCACCGUCUACGUCCUAGUGGAGGACCCGCGCUCCACCGACGCCCUCCAGCUGCUCAGCCUUGACUCUCUGCUCCCUGAAUCUGGGAUUGUGGCCGACAUUGACGUGGAGAACAUUCUCUCAUUGAACAGCGACAGUUUCUACGAGCUCAAGAGCCAACCCAUUGGUGUGAGUCCUCCGGCGGCUCCGGCCCAAGGCCCCACCAUGUCGUCGCGGGUUCUUCUGCGGCAGCAGCUGAUGCGGGCCCAGACUCAGGAGCAGGAGCGCCGGGAGCAGCAGCAGGCUGCCCAGUUCAGCCCCGCCGCCCCCGCGGCUUCCACGCCCGCCAUUUCUGUGAGCCCCCUGGCACGCCCCGCACCUGCCCAGGUCCCUGUGGAAGUGCUGAAGGUUCAAACCCAUCUGGAAAACCCCACCAAGUAUCACAUCCAGCAGGCCCAGCGGCAGCAAGUCAAGCAGUACCUCUCGACAACCAUGGGCAACAAGAUGGCUACGCAGGCUUUGGCUGGCGCUAGCCCGGGGGUGCCAGCCGCCUGUUCCCCUCAGGCUGCAUCAGCCCCGGAGGCCCAGCACAGUUUGGCACAGCAGCAGGCAGUGGCCGGGGGCGCGGGUAGUGCUCCCAACAGCCCGAUGGCCCUGCUCAACAUUGGUUCCAGCUCUGAGAAGGAAAUCGAUGAUGUCAUUGAUGAGAUCAUUAGCCUGGAAUCCAGCUACAACGAUGAAAUCCUGAACUACGGAGGCCUACAGAUGCCAAGCACUCUGCCGGUCUCGGGAAACCUCCUGGAUGUGUACAGCAACCAAGGGAUGAUGGAGCCGGCGAUCACUGUGAGCAACUCCUGUCCAGCUGACCUGCCAAACAUCAAGCAAGAGAUGUCAGAAAAUGAAGCUAAAGCAUUUCUGAAGGAGAGACAGAAGAAAGACAACCACAAUCUAAUCGAGCGUCGGCGACGAUUCAACAUCAACGACCGAAUCAAAGAGCUGGGGACCCUCAUCCCGAAAUCAAAUGACCCGGAGAUGCGCUGGAACAAAGGAACCAUUCUCAAGGCUUCGGUGGAUUACAUCCGGAAGCUGCAGAAAGAGCAGCAGCGCUCGAGAGAAAUGGAGAUCAGGCAGCGUAAGCUGGAGCAGGCCAAUCGCAGCUUGCAGCUGAGAGUGCAGGAGCUGGAGCUCCAGGUGCAGAUGCACGGGCUGCCUCUGACUUCCACCCCGGGUCUCCUGACUCAGCCCCUGGCGGGGGACCUGGCUCCACCCUUUGUCGAGUCUCUGGACCUGCCCUUCACAGCGGAGGAGCUGGGGCUGGGUCUUGCCCUGGGCUCCGACGGGGGAGGCCUGCAGGACGUGCUCAUGGACGAGGGGGCGACCCUGUCCCCGCUGGGCGCCUCAGAUCCCUUGCUCUCCUCCAUCUCGCCUGGCGCCUCCAAGGGCAGCAGCCGCCGCUCCAGCUUCAGCAUGGAAGAUGACUCAUGAUGGCCGCCUCGGGACACUCGGCGGUGGGACCGGAGGCUCCGCCUCUUUGCCUUGCCCCGCCCCUUCCCUCGGACUUGUCCUCUUAAUCCCCUUUGAAUUUGGGAGUCUCCGCCCCCUCCGCUGCUAGAGGCUGUGCCCUUAUUGCAGCACCGCCGUCUUUCACCCACAGGCUGUGUAUCUCUUUGCCUUGCAGAGUUCCCCCUUUGGCCCUUCCCCGAGGGAGGCGGAUAUAAUUUCCUCUUACAGCCAAGGGUGCUGCAGAGCGGCUUGGCACUAAACCUUCUCAGAGUAGUAGAAACGUGGCUUCUCGCGGCAGGAGGAGGCUCGAAUCUAACCUGUCCUCAAGCUCAGAAACUGGGGGGAGGGAAUUCUGGGGUUGCGCACUUCCUCAAGCCAGCCCUCUCGGAAACUCGAGCAGGGCCUUUCCCGUAACACUGUGUGAAAGAGUGUGGCGUUCACUCUUGCCCUUGGCUUUCUUGCACCUUUGCUGUAUAUAAUUUUGGGGAAUUGAGGUUUGGGAGGGAGAGAAAGCGUCCCUUCGGGAAAGCUGUCUUCUGCAGCUCAGAGCCCCCCCUUUUUUUUGUAAAUGAGCUUUAUUUUAUAUAGAUAUUGGACUUUUUAUUAUAAACCCUUGGCCUUUUAUUGAUUUAAAUAAGGAAGGAAGGGGUUCGAGGUUUUCACCAGCUUGGCACUUUAACUUUUUACUUUUAUCGUUCCAUUCCCUCCCCCGCUUCAAACCUGACGUUGUCCCUCGUUUCUGUGAGAAGAUGGGGUGGGGAGAGGCGGAAAGCGAAAAGGAGAGAAUUGCGUCUCCGGCGCUUGCUCAUGUGGCCGUUGGACGGCGCAACCCUGUGCGGCUGUUCCGGUUUAAAGCUGCCGAUUUCAGAGGGCUGACGCUGGAGUAUCUCUGCGUAGGAUUGCAGUGUAGGAGAAAAAGAACUUGAACUGUUGCCUCUCUUGUUUUUUUAAUGAUAAGCGAACUUAUAAUCAAGGUUUUAUUUCAAGGAUUUUUCUGCAUUAACGGGCUUCAGGUGAAAAGACAGAGAGAGAAAGAGCAUAGCGUUAAUUGACUUUGCUAGUAACACAUCCUUUAAGUGGGAGGGCGGUUGUAACCAGGUCUGGCCCUAGGGCACAUGGUGCCCCAGGCAGACUCGUUGCUUGCCACCCCGCUGGCCCAAGCCCCGAGCAGCCCUAGGUGCGUGCACCCCCCCCCGGCCAGGCCACCGCCCUUCCCUUCUUUUCUGCAGUGCCACAACACGGCUGCGUGCUCCGCCGCCCCCCCCUCCCAGUACACUCAGACGAGCGCCGCUAGCUUUCACCCUACCCACUUCAACGCGGGCAUCUCAGCGUUUUCUGAGCCAGUUUGGUGCAGUGGUUAAGUGCGCGGACUCUUAACUGGGAAAACCGGGUUUGAUUCCCCACUCCUCCACUUGCAGCUGCUGGAAUGGCCUUGGGUCAGCCAUAGCUUUCGUAGGAGUUGUCCUUGAACGGGCAGCUUCUGUCAGAGCUCUCUGAGCCCCACCCACCUCACAGGGUGUCUGUUGUGUGUGUGUGGGGGAAGAUAAAGACAAUUGUGAGCCGCUGUGAGACUCUGAGAUUUGAAGCGGAGGGCAGGAUAUAAAUCCAAUAUCAUCAUCUUCUCUCUUAAGGGAGCGGAACCAGAAGUGAGGGGGAGCGAAGCCUCGUCCAGCGCUGUUUUAAGAGAGAACGCUGAGAUCCCCGUGUAGAGGCGGGUAGGGGCGAAGCUAGCGGUGCUUCUCUGAGCGCGCCCUUGGGCUGGGGUGGGGGGGACGCAGAAGGUGGUCCACCGCCACCAGCUGGUGGAAAAACAGCAACUGCAGCAGCAGGGGGGAAAUUAGGCAUUUGUCUUGGGUACCGGGAGCGGAGAGAGAGCCCAAUCCGGUGCCCCCCUCCCAGCUUCUUAGGCAAAUGCCUAAUUUGCCUAGAGGACCAGCCAGCCCCGGUCAUAAUUACCGCAGAGACAAUCGUGUUGGCCGUAGAGUACCCUUCCACAAUCACGUGAACAGUCAUCCUAGCGCGGUCCAUUCAAGACUGUCAGGUGUCAGCGGCCCCUGAAAAGGUGGGGGGUUCUGAACAAGUUCUCACCCGACUGCCCUGACCCCAGCAGCGCGCCUUCUGCUGCCUUCACCUGUUGCGCGGCUGCGUUGGGCGGGAGGGAGCCCUGCGCGAAACAGUCGAGCAGGAGACAGGAAGGCAGAGGCCGGUGUCCGGUGCCAGCCACGGGAGUGGUAUCUCCGAGGAUCCGUAUGUCAAAACAGGACAAGAGGGUUGACGGCAGAGCAGAGAUCGAGAGGGGGAAGGGGGGGAAGCGGCCGCGUAUCUGAAAGAACUCUCGUCAGGCUGUGCUCUGGGAGUUUUUGGGAUCAGAAACAUGGGGGGAUUGCAGGCGAUGGGAAGGGGCUGGUUUCCCUGUUGCGGGGAACAGCCUCGGCAACCCGGGCUCCUCUUCGUGUCCUUUUUUUCCUUUGUAUGUUAAAUGUUCCCGCUAAAGGCUUCUAAAUAAAUAAACCAGCAAUGUCAAUUUUUCUAUA